GGAGCUCGUUCCCGGAAGUAGUCAUUCCGUCGGGUGAUUUGAGUCAAGGCGGCUGUGUAUCGACUGCAGAGGAAGAAGACGGUAGCCGACUGAUUAUAUAUGACUCUUUUCUUUAAGUCUACCUUCGCUUUUUCGGCGGGAGAAGUGAGGAAGAGCCGGGCUGGUGCAUGGUUAUUUCUUGUUGGGGAGCGUUGAUUCGGAAUUUGCUGAUGAUGAAGCCCAAAGUGGUUUUUGUCCUCGGUGGGCCAGGAGCCGGGAAAGGGACCCAGUGCGUCAAAAUCGUCAAGAAAUAUGGAUAUACUCACUUGUCUGCUGGUGAUCUACUUCGUGCUGAAAGAAGCAAAGCAGCUACUCAGUAUGGAGAACUAAUUGACAGUUACAUUAAAGAAGGAAGAAUUGUCCCAGUGGAAAUAACUAUCAAUCUUAUAAAGAAGGCAAUGGAUGAGACAAUGGCUCAAGAUGCAACUAAGAAUAAAUUUCUUAUUGAUGGAUUUCCAAGAAAUACAGACAACCUCGAUGGCUGGAACAAACAAAUGGAUAACAAUGCUGAUGUGAAAUUUGUCCUCUUCUUUGACUGUAGCAAUGAGGUCUGUAUAGAGCGUUGCCUUGAAAGAGGAAAAGACAGUGGAAGAACAGAUGACAAUGUCCAAAGUUUGCAAAAAAGAAUUCAGACAUACACGCAGUCUACUAAACCCAUUAUAGAACUAUAUGAGAAAGAGGGCAAAGUAAGAAGAGUUGAUGGUGCCAAAAGUGUUGAUGAGGUUUUUGUUGAAGUCCAGAAAAUCUUUGAUUCCGAAAAUUGAAUUUAGCUGUUCUCCUGAAGUUUUAAAAAUCAGAUGCUUCAAAUACUUAUGCUGGAAGAAGCAGUUAUCUUCUACCUGUCCUGUUUAUUUUACAAGAUAUUAUUUUCAUCAGAAAUCCUUGAGUGGAUACAUAUCUUUCCAUUGGUAUAUUGUUUGCUAUUACUUUUCUAUGAAAGCAUUCUUUGCCAAGCAAGAAAAUAUUGCUUUUUCCCAAAAAUAUCUGCUUCCAAAUACCUUUUGUAACUAGAAAUCCUCUCUUGGUCAUGUAUAGAUUCAAAGUUCUCGUGUAUAACAUGUAUUUGUCUUAAGGGUGUAUUCAGACUCUUGCCCCUCAUUAUGACUUGUAUUGUUGCGUACCAAAUGAUCAUAUUUAAAGCAGUUCAUGCAUAAAUGGUCAUUAUUUAUUAAUCUAAAUGCAUAUGAUGCUGAUUUUGAUUUUUAGAUGCCCAACAUAUUCCACAUUUUUUAAUUUUGAUUGCAAAAGUCAUAGUGCUUGAAGGAAAAUGAAAACUAAAGGUCUGCAUUUAUGUAAGUUGUUAAUGGACAUGAAAUAAUUUCUGCAUAGUGGAAAAACAUAAUUUUGGAAAAGUAGCCUGUGAACACAUGUUUGUCCUUGGAUUUAUCUAUUUAUGUACUUUUUUAAGGAAUUAAAUUGAUCUUGGUCGCAUAAUGUUUAAAUGUGUCAAAAUCCAAAAAUACAUUAACGGCGCUGAGGUAUUGUCGUCUUCACAUGGACGGUCAUAGUUGAGGAAAGAAACUUAACUUCACCUUUUUCAAGGGCAUUUAGGGUUGGACACUGUCACUGGAAAGACCAACAUUUACCCACAUCCUGGGAACAGAUUUUACAGAACUUCAUUGUAUGCAUGUUUUUUCCUGUAGAAUAAAUAUGUUUAAGUGAAAAUGGUUGAAUCCAGAAUAGGUGACCAGAGAAACAGUGCAGAAGAAUUUUACACUGCUGGAUAAUAUGCAAGCCUGACGUAACAAUUUCUUUGCCACUCACUAGCCAGUGCUCAAAUGCACCAGUUAGAUGCAUGAAAGGAAGAGUACGAUCAUUCAGCCAUGUCACUUUGCACUAUAUUUAUGUUGCAAUAUUUAUGAACAAGAGGACAUAUAGAGAAUAUUUUCUUAAAUUUCUGUCCCACAGUCAGGUACUGUGCCCGUGAAAGGAAUAAAUUGUGAAUGCUGGAAAUCCAGAGACGGUCAGUUAGCAUCUAUAAAGAGAAAAGGCUAAAACUUUUAUUGUCUGCUGUUUUUCAGAACAUCAAAAGAUCUACACAUGCAAUAUUAACCUGUUCUUGGCCUUUACAGAUACUGAUUGGCAUGCUUUGUACUUCAAGUGUGUUUAUUUGAUUUUAUUCCUGUGUUUGGAAGUAUCAUGUUUAAUUGUUUACUAUGAUUAUAGUUCUAAUCCUUCCAUUCUAAACUGACUGGAUGGUAAUUCUGAGCACUGAAUUUUGAGAAAUUUUGAGUCUGUAAUUUUAAAGGCUAGACUGUACCAGAGUAUCUCACUUAAUUAACUCGAUUACGAGAGCUUCUGGUUUGUUGUUUGUUUCUCAUCUACUGAUUUUCUUAAUUUUUAAAAACAAGUCAUACCUAGUAGAUGCUGCUUGGCCUGCUGUGUUCAUCCAGCCUCACAUUUUAUUAUCUUGGAAUCUCCAGCAUCUGCAGUUCCCAUUAUCUCUCAUACCUAGUAUGCUUGUAAUUAAUAGACAAGUGGCUCAAACAUGAUAAGUAGAUUAUCUUCACUAAUGAGCAACAUUGCCACAUUAAAAAUGUGGUUCAGUAGCAUGCAGGAAACAUAUCUUAAAGUGUCAGUCCUUGGGAGAGACUCAUAAUUUAUAUUUUACGCAUUUGCUGAAUAGUGUUCGUAAGAUUCAGUCUGACCUUUGCUAUUCUAAGUAAUUAGUCUACCUUGAAAUGGGGUCCAUUUGCUCAUGUAAUAACUUUAAAAUAAAAGAAAUAAAGAAAUUGGCGACUUGUUCAAGUGUUUUAAACUUUGCAGAAAAGUAAUUCUCAAGUGUGUUAGCUUUUUGUGUCUGAAUCCAGAAUAUUGUUUGUUUGGAUUUUACUAAAGUGUGUGUGUGUGUGUGUGUUAUAUAUUCGUAAAUGUUGCUACAGGAGCAACACAUCCAGUAAUUUUCAGUGAGUAACUCACUUUUCAGACUCCCUAAAGCCUGUUCAUCAGGAUGAAUACAUUCCACUGUCUUGGUUGAUUGCAGUUCCAAUAACACGGAGCAAACCUAACAGUAUUCAGGGCAAAGCAGCCUGCUUGAUUGGCCCCAAAUCCACACCAUAAAAAUUCAUUCCUUUCAAUAACCAAUUGAUAAUGGCAACAUUGUACACAAUCUGUGAUGCAACAACUCAGCAAGCCUCCUUUGACAGCACCUUCCAAACCUGUGACCCUGAGGUAACAAGGUGUGGAGCUGGAUAAACACGGCAGGCCAAGCAACAUUUCACGAGCAGGAAAGCUGAUGUUUCAAAGGGUCUAGGCCCGAAACGUCAGCUUUCCUGCACCUAAGAUGCUACUUGGCCUGUUGUGUUCAUCCAGCUCCACACCUUGUUAUCUCGGAUUCCGUAGCAUCUGCAGUUCCUAUUAAACCUGUGACUCCUACCACUUAGAAACACAAGUGAUGUAGAUUCACCAUGGGAAUACCAUGCCUUCAAAUUUCCCUGCAAUUUACGCACCAUCCUGACUUAGCGAAGCAAUGGCAAUUAUAGUUCUGUCACUUGGUAAAAAUCCCUAACAGCUGUAGCUCAAGGGUAUGACUCACCGUAACAUGUUCCAGGAAAAUUAAGGCAGGGCAAUAAUGCUGACCUAAUCUGUAAUGUCUACAUCCUCCGAAUAAAAAUACCUCCAGUUCAUUAUGCUGACAUUAAUUAAUUUUGUUGCCUGUUGUCUGUCAUCUGACGAUACUAGAGUGUAGUGCCUUUUAACAUUUAGUCAAAAUGGCCUUGGGUUUUCAAUAUUUAUUUACUAUGCACGUAGGCAUUGUGGUCUGUUUUUCAUCACUCGUAUGAUUGAGACAUUAGAGAUUGCAAUGAGUGUCAUUGUUGGCUGAUAGUUUUCCUGUUCCGGGACAAGCAUUGACGUGUUUUUAUGUUUCAGAUGUACAAACUAGUGACUUAGGUUAUGUUUGCUUAAUAUAUGAAACUGACUUAAAUUAGCAUUUGUGCAAUUAGAACUUUUGGAAAUUGCUGUUAACUUAAGCAACUUAGCCAUUUUUGAAUGAAAGGUUUGAACUAUGAAAUAACCAAAUUGGAUGUGCCAGCUAUUGACUGGCUGAUUGCUAUUUGAUACAUGUCCUGUACUGCAGUCUCAUUCAGUAGUCAUAUUCCUUUUGAUGCAUCUGUUGUAAUAUGAGGUGAUUCUCUUUAAUCUAUCCUUAAUCUGCUAUACUUUGAAGGUUUUCUUAAAAUAAAUGUACCUGUUUUGUUUCAAAAAAUGUCUUCCCAUUGCAACCCCUCUUUUUCCCUUCUGUUGUCUAUUACUUGCCUGUGAAUAAAUAAUCUGCUACUGCUAUGUAUAAAUUGCAAAUUUCUAUUUACAUAGCAAUUGUUAAUUGCAAUGCACUGGAGCAUAGACUUUUGUCGGUAGUCUCAUUUUUGGCACAAUUCCUGAAUUUAGAAAGCACCAAUUUCCUCAUCAACCCCCCCCCCCCCCAUUUUUUUUUUGACUAUGUUUAAAUUAAAUUGAAUCCAUGAUGUUCAUCCUGGACUACUGAUGGUACAAGGUAUCCAUUAGGAAAUCAUUGUCUUGAGUUAAAAUUUUUAUGCCUCAAGAAUGCUGUAAGGACUGUAAACGUUUCCUUCUAUUUUCAUUUUGUACUGGAAACAAUACCUUAACUUGGCGACUGUGUAUGUAUGCUUGAAAUCACGUCUUUAAAAGAGGAGUCAAUUCAUGUGUCCUUGUUGGUUAUAAAAAUGUAAUGUUCAAUAAAUCUGUUUGCUGCUCCCUUGCAAGAAUGUACAUUAUAUUACGAUAGUUCAUAGCUGCAGGAAUCUCAUUUUUGAUCAUGGUUUUCUCAUUGUGAAAGGUAAUGUCUUCUAAUUUGUUUGUUGAACAUACUCGUGAUUUACAGUAAUAGUUAACUAUUUGACAGCUAAUAUAGAAUUGUAGGUGAAGAUGGGCAACAGCUGGCUGAACUGCAAAAGACUUGGGUAAACUGAAACGCCCAAGUUACCAAGUUACAACCCUUGGUUUUUAGAUUUGAAUAGAUUUAUGGAUUUACAAUAAAGCCGGCAUUUUACUGUGAUUAGCAUUCAUACUUCUGUUACAGCUAUUUUAGGAUAGUGGAAGAUGUAGAAAUUCAAAGGAGGAGUGGUGUGGAGAUUAAUAUUUUGUGAGAUGAUGACAUUUUGAAGAAGCCACUGUGCUUCAUGUGCCAAAGUAAUGUAAUCUAUAUUUUUCUUGCCGAUAAAUGAGUUUU